GGAACUUUUUACGCGCACUUUUUCUUCCCAAACGACCAUUAUUUAUUUUGUGUUUGAACCCCAAUUGGCACUUCAUUGCAUUCCUCUUCUCCUCCAAGUUGUGUAACCACUUUGCUAUCAUCAUAUCACUGCGCAAUGUUGUCUGUCGAAUACUAGUAGGAGAGUAGUGUUCCUGUUGAGUAGAAUAGAAUCUGAAGCAAGCUCAAGCUGUUGAAAAGGUUUUUCACAAACAGACAAAAUCGAAUCGAAUCGAUCAACAAUGACAAACCAACUUCCUCCAGCCCGGUGUCAUUGGGUUGACCACAUGAUUACUCUGCCGACCCCACAGCAGCAGUCAGUGCAACAAUAUACCGACCAUCGGCGACAGCGGCAGUACCAAGUGGGAAGGAAUAUUGCACGAAAGAGAUUGCUGCAAACAGUCACUACUAGUAGUACUGGGAACCCAAUGACAGCACAUCAUCGACCCAUGCGAGGUGGAGACGUGUGUGCCACUGGCGACAAGUACUGCAACUGCUCCUUUCUGGAUGGACGUGACGUGAUCUUGGCUGCGACGGUUCAAGGCGACUUGGACAUUUUGAGAGUGCCGUCCUCUGGACCAAUGACGGAAUUGACAGCAAAGCUGAGAUUGAACAAUGAUGAUUAUGAUUAUUCCUACAGUAUGGCAGCUGGCUACAAGUUGAAACCAAUGCAACAGGGACAUGGGUUUGCUGUCGGUACUCCAUCUGGGUCGUUUUCGAUCUUUUCCACGGAACAUGCCACGGCAUGGUGUCGACAACAGCUUCCCAUGAAUUGGAAGAGAACCAGCAGUGUUCGACAAGAACCGCUGCACCGACAUGCCGACGACGACAACACACUCCCCUUUGUCACACACCAAUGGCAGUCAGAAAUACUGUCUAUGCAGCAGCAACAAUCACCACAACAGCAGGAUCGCUAUGAUUCUCUCUCCAUGGGAUCCAGUCUGGAAAUGCUGCCGUCACCGGGAAAGGAGUUGUGCAUCACUCCACACAAUGAUGCACUCUGGGACUUUUGGGAGACUCCUUCGUGUCUAUUGGCAGCUCAUGCCUCGCAGGAUUCUCGUGGUGGUCGUCGUACUCGCCUCCUCGAUUGCCGGACCAUGAAACAGGGGUGUGUCGCCGACAUUGACUUGAUUGGCCAUCAUCAAAAGAAGUUUUUGGCACGGCAAGAAGAAAUCACCGCCAUUGGCUUUGCCUCCGAGUGGACACUCCUGUCGGCUCACGCCCGUCCCCUCUCCAGAGGGAGAAUUGAUAAUUGCAUUCAUAUCUGGGAUUUGCGAAAGCCAGAAUCACCGGUCCACCAGUACAAACCGCCCAAGAAUGCGGAUCCAUCCAACACUCGAGGCAACUUUUUUGUCUCGCGUUUGACGCCGACGGAUGGAGCGGUAAUGGUCACACUGCAGUCCUUUGCGUCUGCUCCAGGACAAGACAACCGCACUACUGUACAGCACGUUUGGAUGGACUUGGCCCGGCUAAGCACCGUUACCAGGAGUAGUAGGAAACUCGACGAGGAGGAGGAGGCAGUAUGUGUGCAGCAGAAUGGUGGUGGGUCCUUUGCCGUGACUCCAAACCAAGAUUUUAUGGCGUGCUACAGUCAAGCCAAACCCAAUAGCGAUUGUGACGUGGUGAGACUAUUUGAUCUAGAAAGCUAUAGUAAGAACAAGAAGCCCAAGCCACAACCUCCGAAACGAAAACUGAGCCUUCACCAAGCACGGGUCCAAAUGUCUCGGAAACGAAGCCUCCAUGGGAAAGGCAAGCUGUCCAUCAAGGGCUCUCACGAGGAAGAUACAUCGUCCACAUGCAGCACCAGUGGCUCUGAUGACGAUUUCAACUCUGACAAACACGACCUUCCACCUAUGGAGGAGCAUCAUCAAAGCUUCAGCUGUGCUGCCGCGUUCAAACCCAACCUGCAGGACCGUUAUGGAUUGACAACCCAUCUAUCCUGCAUGGCAGUAAAUGAUAUGGGAAGUUCAAUCGUCGGUGGAUCGCAUGAUGGUGACAUUUUCGUCUGGAGCGGCACUUGACUCUGACUCGGCACGGCACCUUCAUCCAUGGUUCAGCAGUUUGUUCGGACAAAGGCAAGUUGGCCAGCUCGAGGGUUCAUUAAGGAAACACGCAGCUUGAGCCUCUCCCCAGGAUUGAGGUUGAUUGGAGAGGAAAACUUGUAUUCAAACCCUAAUUCAUAAACAUAAAUCGCAUACUGUUUCUUGGACUUUUCGCCGGUUCCAAUAUAGCCAA